UGAUGCUGCAAACAUUAUUUCCAUUGAGAAAUACCAAAAUGAAUUUCUAGCAGAUGGCGUUCCUACUUCGGACUGUUCAGGACUUCUCACAUGUGUAUUUGCUCCAGCCUAGGAGUAUAUAUGAAGAUGAUAUUACUUUGUGGUAUUAAAAAGGACAGAUGCAACAUUUAUGGAGAUUCUUUAUAUCAAGCGACGACGUCAGUCUUCCGGCGGUCAUAUUCCAAGUUCCUUACCGUUAAUUCGUUCAAUAAUUGUCCUAUUUCUUUGUCAUGACAAGCAAAAGAAGAUGGCUGUCACAUUUCACAAGAACCGCCGCGUUUUGUCCAUACUUCAAGCUAAUCAUCAGAGUAUUCUCUUCAUCCUCGUCAAAUUGCUUUCAAACUGGGGAUGCCAGCAUUUACUCGUUCAACAGAGCCAUUGAUAAACUAUUUAAGUGUGGAUCGACCGAGUCAGCCUUACAACUGUUCGAUGAAAUGCCGGAACGUGAUGUCAUCUCCUGGAACACUGUAAUUAAUGGGCUCAAUCAAUCUGGAUUUCAGAGGAAAUCUCUCUACUUUUACAAGAGAAUGAUCUCCCAAGGAAUAGUUGAGAACUCCUCCACUUUCUCCUCUGUUUUGAGUAUAUGUAACAAUGCAGGUUUUUACAGACAAGGGUUUGAGGUGCAUUGUAGAGUUAUAAUCUUUGGGUUGAAUGUUAACUUAUAUAUUGCUAGUGCACUUGUUGAUCUGUAUAUGAAAGCAGGUCUUGUAGGUCUUUCUUUGAAGUUGUUUUACGACUUACCAGAAAGAAAUUUAGCUAUAUGGAACGUUGUAUUACGUGGAAUUAGUGAUGUAGGUUGGUCAAAGGAGUUAUUAAGUGUUUACACUGAUAUGAAGUUGGCAAAUGUGGAACCUAAUGAACUUAGUUUUUGUUAUUUGCUUCGCGGUUGUGGUAGUGGGAGACUUCUUCUUCAAGGAAGGCAACUGCAUUGUUUUGUUUUGAAGAAUGGAUGGUUAGUUAUGAAUGUGUUUAUAGCUAAUGGUCUGGUUGAUUUCUACUCUGCUUGUGGGGUCUUAAGUGAUGCCAGGGAAUUGUUUCUUGCUAUUCCACCACAAGAUGUGAUAUCAUGGAAUUCCGUGGUUUCUGUCUAUGCUUCCAAUGGUCUUUUACAUGAUGCUUUGAAAGUGUUUGGAGAAAUGCAAUAUUUGGGCAAGAGGCCAUCAGCACAAUCUUUUUUGGGACUUUUAAAUGUAUCAAGUGUGAGAAAACAUAUGCUGCUUGGAAAGCAAAUUCAUUGUUGUGUCUUAAAACUGGGACUUGAUUGUGGAAAUGUUCUUAUUCAGUCUGCAUUGAUUAAUAUGUAUGGAAAGUGUGGUCACAUUGAAGGUUCCGUGUCUUUAUUUGAGAAUGCACCUGAGUCAACUCUUGAAUGUUGCAACUCCUUGAUGACUUCCUUACUGCACCACAACAUUAUAAAGGAUGUAUUUGAACUGUUCUAUUUUAUGCUUGAUGAAAGCAUUGGAUUUGAUGAUGUAAGUCUGUCUACAGCUCUGAAGGCAUUAUCACAGUCGGCCUAUGUAAGCUUGAAUAGCUGUGGUUUGCUUCAUUGUUGUGCAAUAAAAUCAGGGUUUGAAUCCGACUUUGUAGUUUUGUGCUCCCUGAUAGAUACAUAUUCAAAAUCUGGUCACAUUAAACAGUCUGAGCAAAUUUUCAGGCAAGUUCUUUCGCCAAAUGACAUAUGCUUUACUGCUAUGAUUAACGCAUAUGCAAGGAUAGGGAAAGGAAGUGAGGCACUUACGAUGUUCGAGUCCAUGAUCCAAAAAGGCCUACAACCCGAUGAAGUAACAUUCUUGUGUGUAUUGAUUGGAUGUAGCCACUCAGGCAUGGUGAAAGAGGCAAGAACAGUCUUUGAUUCGAUGGACACAGUUCAUGGAAUUCAUCCAGACAGACGGCAUUUUUCAUGCAUGGUGGACCUUCUAGGUCGCAUAGGCCUGGUAAGUGAGGCAGAAGAUUUGAUCAAUUGUGCAGCGCUUGAGGGAGAUUGUGUCAUGUGGAGUUCACUCCUACGUAGUUGUCGUACUCAUAGAAAUGAGCAAGCUGGAAGGAGAGCUGCAGAAAAACUGAUGGAACUUAGGCCAGAUGACCCUGCUGUUUGGUUUCUAGUCUCAAACUUUUAUGCUGAAAUUGGGGAUUUUGAUGCCUCAGUGCAGAUUCGGGAGGUUGCAGUAGCCAGGAAGAUGAGUAGGCAAAUUGGCUAUAGUUUAAUUGAUAAAAGUAGGUCACGUGUAUACAGCCCCUGAAAGUUGUUACAUUUAGGUGGUAUAGCCCCAGAGAAAGGUAAUUUCUCCACUUCACAUUUCUCCAAUUCAGCUCACCUCCGCCGACUUUCUACCUUCUCCUUUUUCUUCUUCACCAGAAAUGUCUUUUGCGAUUUCCAUCAAUUGCUUCACCUCACCAUCAUAUCCAUUCUGUUCUGGAGCUCUCCUCACCAAGCCGGUGAUCAUUUUUUGCAAUUGAAGAGCUCGAGGAGUUUCUCUGCCUCUCUCAGCCGAACUGGAAGAUGAAACCACCUUCGCCGGUUGAAUCCAUCAAUGCCCCACACUUCGUGCCUCUGCCAAGGCAACCGAGCCCUCCAUUAACGGCGUUGAACUGCAAAUGAGCGCCCACACCCUCUAAUCUGAAAUGAAUUCCCGUUCAGAUGUCUUCUAUAUUCAUCCAGGCUGCCCUUUCCAUCUUGGCAUGGGCUCACAUGCACCUAAAGAACUUCAAAUCUGUUGCUGAGAAUUACAGGUUGCCCUUUCCAUCUUGGCAUGGGCUCACAUGCACCUAUAGAACUUCAAAUCUGCUGCUGAGAAUUACAGCCUUGGAAGUUGUUUCUUUCUUCCUGAUGGUGCAAGAGUGCAACAAAUUAUUGGAAUUUAUGUGCAAGUAGUACUUAAAUAGAGGUUUUGAGCUACGACAUAUAUAAUAUGCAGCUUUGGUCUUGCUGCGAACAAGAAUAGCUGCAACUUGAGACAGGUGGUUGGUCAGGGAUGGAGGAUUAGGAGAAGGGGGCGGUGGAUGCUGAGUCCAUGGGAGUUCAGGAUGGAGAUGUGGGUGAUGGUUGGAGGAGGUCUGAUGGUGGUGUUGGAUGUAGUUCACAGGAAGUGAGGAGCAUAAUCUAAAUUUUCUUCGGCCAGUGACCUAUGAGGAGGUUUGGAGUGCCGUGUUUACUAUGCACUCAAGCAAAUCUCCUGGGCCAGAUGGACUUAGUUCGGGUUCCUGCCAAUAUUUUUGGGAUGUAGUGGGUUCGAACAUCGUUGGGUACUGUAGGAAUGUCUUUGAGUAUGACAAGUUACCAAACAGGAUAAAUCAUACUCAUCUUGUUCUCAUCCCGAAGAAGUAAGGGGGCUCGGUUUUAGAAGAGUUAAACAUUUUAAUCUUUCCAUACUUGGUAAGCAAGUCUGGAGAUUAUUGAUGGAAUCUAAUACGUUGGUUGCUAGGAUCUAUAAGGCACAAUUUUAUCCAAAGGCCUCAUUUCGGGAAUCAAGUAUUGGGAGCAAACCGUCUUUCAUAUGGAGGAGUAUUUGGGAGGCUAAACUGGUUGUCUUGGCAUGGUAUCGGUGGUGUAUUGGGGAUGGCAAGUCAGUUCACAUAUGGGAUGAUCCAUGGCUACCAAGUCUAGAGCAAUUGAGAGCACAAUCUACUCCAAUUCAUGGCCUGGAGAACUGUCUGGUGCAGGGACUAUUUUACCCGGGGAAGCGCUGCUGGGAUACUGAUGUGGUGCGGGACCUCUUGGAGCCACGCGACCAGAACUUGGUAGAAAGCAUUCCAGUGGGUUGGACGAGUGUACCUGAUCGUAUUGUGUGGGAUUGGGAGGAAAAUGGCCAGUUUUCAGUACGAAGUUGUAACAUGUUUCUAAUGGGGGAAUUCGAUUCGGAAGGUUGGAAGGGGUGGACUAAAAUGUGGAUUCUUUAUCCCACCUAAAGUUAAAGUUUUCUUCUGGCAGUGCUCGGGUUGCUUACCCACUGCCGAUAAACUUCAGGCGAGGAGGGAAAGGCCAGGCCAGUGUGUUUUUUGCCGAGACGAGGGGGAAACUACAAGGUAUGUUUUUGCAGAAUGCAGCAGGGCGAGUUAAGUUUGGCAGCAGGUGGACGGCUUCAUCAAUAUUGAGUUGCAGGCUUCAUUUUGGAGUGGGUUGAACGAAUUUUCCUAUCAAAAAAAUGAGGAAUGCUUCAUUUUAAAAUUCCUUUUAUUUUAUUCUUCACGUCCAGGGUUAUGCAUUGGAUCAUUAGAUAGGAACCCAAAGAUAAAUAGAGAAACAAAAAUGAGCUAAUUAAAACAUGCAUUAUAAAUGUUUCUAGUUACCGUUCGUACAUAUGAACUAAUAACUAAAAAAUACAGUAGGCUUUUUCUUCAUCCUCCUCCCAUGUUGAAAUUAUGAUCUUUAUAAUAUAAGUCAAUUCUGA